AAUGGAUACACCAAAUAUGUAAAGAUUAAUAUUUAUUAAAGACAAGCAGCUGGAGGCAGACCCAACAAAUAAACAUUUGAUUAAGCCCCUCCUACUAGACAAGUGUAAUUAUCCUUUACUUAUUUAGAAUCCAAAACAAAUCUGAUAUAUUUGGACUUAAUACUCCUGCACCUGCUCCAUAAGCAUCUAGAUAAAGUGUAAGACCUAAAACUGAUAUUUUCAGUAAUGAAUGUUAAGCACCAAAAUAAUAAGAAGUAUUAGACUUAUUGUAUAUGUAUUAGGUAAGAUAAAAUAAGACUUUUUAAUCUUAAAUCUUUUAAUAAGAAGUUGUUCAAAAUGCACCACCACCUGCUCGUUCAAAUCAAACUUUUGAGAAUUCAUAAUAAGAAGUGAAGAGAUAUUAAAAAAAAAAUAAUGACAAUAGAUAAGUUGAUCAUGGAAAAGAUUUCCUAUUUGGGAAGAGUGGUAAAGAUAAUUGAAUAAGUUUUAGAUUUUGAUGAAUAUAAAUCAUUAAAAAGAGCAGCCACUUUGAGUGAAUUCAAACCAAAACUAAACUAUGAUCCAUAAAAUAGAAGAAAUAAAGAACUUUAUGGUAAUGAAAUAGCUCGUGAUCAUCUUCCAACAAAAGAAGUCAAUUUAGAGACAUCUAGUCCAUAAAAACCAAAGAAAUAAUCAUAAUAGCAAUAAGAAUAGAAUCCAACCAACAGAAAAUUGAUGGAAAAUCAAUCAAGUGUUUUUGGAGAUUCUCCUACGUAUAACAUAUAAUUUUAUUUUUAGUAAAGCUGUUUAAAAUUAAAAAGUAGAAAAAUUGACUGCUUCCACAUAAAAAUGGAGUACUGUAGGAGGAUAGAGUAAUAAUUAAGUCAAAGAAUUUGAUCCUGAAACAUAUGCUAAAAAUAGAAAGGAAGCUGAAUUAUAAUCAAGUGUAUUUGGUGAAUAACAAGUUAAGGUUUAACCAGUUGCAAUUCCAGAAUAAUAGGAAGAAUCUUAAACAUAAUAAGGUAUUAUUUUAUUUAAUAUAGCUACAUAAUAACAGUAAUAAAAAGUCUAAAAGCCAAAAGAAAGAUUAAUUCCUAAUAAUUAAACAUGGUAAUAGACUGAUUCAGUUAAAAAUAUGAGAGAUUUUGAUCCAACUUAAUCUUAAAUUAAAGAAGAUGUUGAUGCAUCUUAAAAGAAAAUGGAUGCUUUAAAAUCAGCUAUGGAUACUCAUUAAUUUGAAGCAUAAUAGAUUCCAACAAACUAAAAAAUAUCAAAUAAACAUCUUAAAGUAAUAAAUAUAUUUAUAAAUAGUAAAAUAAAGAUAUUAUUUAAAGAGAAGAGAAAUUAAAAAAGGAAAAAACAACAACAAAAACAUAAGCUAAGAAAAAAUGA